GCCUGGCGGACAGCUGCGGACCGGCGGGUCCAGUCGAGCCUCAUCGGAGCCGGGAGACCACACAGCAUGUGGUCCUCCUGGGAGGUCUUCUCCUAGCCGGUUCCGAGUCAGGUCCGAGGUCGGAGGCGGACACGCGCAGCGCGUGAGUAACCCCAAGUGAACGCGCAUGGAGACAAGCGUGUAGUGAAGUCAUUCUCUCCUCUCGGUUCUGCCGAGCAUCCACGAUGGAGGCCGGCCCAGAACAGUUCCUGAGGCGGAUCCUGGAGGACCUGGACGUCCAGCACGCCAACAUGUCCGACCAGGAGCUGUGCAAGUCGCUGUGCACGCGCAUGGACCUGGUGCACCUGGCAAAACUGCGCGCGCACCUCUACCGCGCGGCCAGUCUGGACCCGGACUUUCCUACCACGCUCUUCCGGGACAAGAUGCGCGGCCCCGCCGAAGACGAGCAGUCCAAGAGGCGCGUGCUCGCGGCCGACAUCGUCGCCAUGCUCCACCUGGUCCACGCGCACGGGGGCGUGGCCGCGCACAGAGUCCAGAGGCACGAGCACGCCGAGACCAGGCGCGUGCGUCAUCGCUACGCCCCCCUCGGACAGCCCCCCUCACCCCUUCUCAAUAAUCCCCCCUGCCCGGAACCGCGCCGGACCUUCCUUCCCGCCUCGGAGCCCAACUUCCUGUUGGGUGUGGGCGGGAGACAGGGGGGGUGUCGAGCGUCCUCUCUGGACAAACUGCACCACCUGCCCCAAUACUCCCCCUCCCCACCCUGCCGUCGCGUGCACGAAGGCCCCCCGAUGGCGCGCACAUGCCUGCAGAAGAGGAAUAUCUUCAAGGAGGACUUCCACAAGAUGGCCUCCUUCGGCCCUCAGGUUGUCACGGCCAAGGACGGCGAGGGGGCGGAGCCAUACCGCCACACGCCCGCCCCCUUCUUCAAUCGCAGCUUCGAGGUGGCCUACAGGAAGCCCUACUGCCCGCCUCCCCUCAGCCCGGCGCUGCCGGAGCGGCGGCGGGUCAAACACGAGAGUCUGGAUGACCUUCAGGCGUCCACGUACUUCGGGCCCACCACCGUGUCCGAGUGCGUGAGUGGCAGGAAGCAGAGUAGUCAAGGCAGGAAACAGGGGGCGUGGCCAGUGAAGAGCCUGAGCCUCAACGUGGAGGAGGGGCCUCACGACCUGGAGAGGUCGUUUGCGGGCAAACCAAACUUCCAUCGCAACGCCAGCGUCGUCGGCGCUGACGAGAACCGCUUUCAGAGCCCCAAGCGACCUGUGGCAUACCCUGGCGGCCUCGCCAACGACGGCGUGAAGACAAAGGAAGGCGCCUUGAUGGACAGGGUGGAGUCAGCCAAGAGGAUGUGGGACAAACACGUCAACGGUCCGUCUUUUCACGGCACAGACGGCUCGGCGUGCAUCGGGACUCAAACGGAACACGGUGGCCAGAAGACGGCAUCACGCGCAUUCAAGCACUCUGACGAAGAGUCUGAGAUUGUCGGCGACGACAUCAGCGACAUCUUUCGCUUCCUGGAUGAGAUGAGCGUGUGCGACUCGCUGGGCAUGGUCCAGUCGUCGUGUUACGACAGCGCCGCCUCGCUGAAGUCGGAGGGCGACAGCUCCCCCGAACGAAACACAGUCAAACUGGCUAAGUCGCAGCUGGACCGCCUCCUGCGCUCGCUGGACAACACGGACGACGAGCUCAAGUCCAGCGUGAGCAAGCUGGUGGCGAGGAUCGGCGAGAUCGAGCGGAAGCUGGAGUCGCUGUCGGGCGUACGCGGCGAGAUCUCGCAGGUUCUGUCUAAACUCAACAAGCUGGACCAAAAGAUCCAAGAGCCUGACGCCACGCCCGCCUCCUCCCCCCCUGACGCGUCGCCGCACGUCCUCCGCUGCCACACCCUCAACGUGGGCGGCGUCCGUGACGACAGCCCCGGCCUGAGGGCGACGGCCCUGAGGAAGAACGUCUUCACCAGGAGGUCGUCACACUCGCUCGACGACGACGACGCCGAGUCAAAGGUUGUGGAAGUCUCGCCACGAGACUGGCGGACGCUGUCGUACUCGUGCCAUCCCGACGCUGUCGACAAGGAGCGAGCCUGCCGAGCCAAAGAGGUGGACCAAUACGACUUCCCCGGAGUGCUCCGCCCCCCCAAGGCAGCAAGGGAGUCCUACCUGACAGAGCACCACCUAAGGCCGGCGGCCCCGCCCCACGCUAAAGGAAGUCCUCUGUAUUCCGGGCCGAGGCUCAGCGGGCCGUCCUGGACCGCCGACGAAUACAAACGCAACUCAGGAAAUACUUUGGACCGGCAGGCGGAGUCUCUGAGCCCAAACAAGCUGGAGUUCUGGAUGGAGGACGUGUACACGCCGGGCUACGACUCGCUGCUCAAGCAGCGGGAAGCGGCGUUCCGCAGGGCGAAGGCGUGCAAGAUCGCCGCCCUGAUCGCCGCCACCUUCAGCGUCAUCCUGGUCAUCGUGGUCCCCAUCUGCGCCAUGAAGACGUAGCGUGGCGGGGAUGGACCACCCGGGACAGAAACAGGAAGUAGCACAGCUGUCAAUCAAAGACAAUUAGUUGUAGCUUGUGAUUCUGAUUCCAGAGCGGACCGGACUUUGGACCAGAACAAACCACAUGAAUGUAUGCAUCACAUGAUCAGAGUCCGGAAUGUUCUUUGUCCGCUAGCCGAAUGUGUCCGUCACCUCCAGUGUCUCCACAGAACGCCCGACUAGUCUGUUCUGGUUCUGAAGGGACUUGGGACUGAUGGAGCGGUCCAGAUUGUGCUGCGUUUCUAGUGAUGCUGAAUGUCAUAUUUACCUUCUGGAAUGUUCUCUAAUAAGAAUGACUGGACGUCCUGUAGGUCCAUGUGACCCAGAUGGAAUGUUCCAUAAUAAACUUCCUGUUGUGUCUUUG